AUGCUCAACUCUCACGAAUCCCUGGGCAUCGCCCAAAUCAUCUUCUACGUACCCAUCGUCCCAACCGCCAUCUGGCUCAUGAAGCGCAACGGCAGAAUCCGGCCACGCCUCGCCUGGUGGCCCAUGAUUCCCUUUAGUCUAAUGCGUCUCGCCGGCGGCCCCGUCAUCAUCGCCCUCGAGCAAAAGCCCAGCAUCGGCCUCUACGUCGCAGCCAUCAUCCUCCUCAACGUCGGCGUCGUGCCUCUCAUCAUAGCCACGCUCGGCUACGUCCGCAUCGUCCUCAUCGACAACUACGGCUCCAACCCCCGCGCCAACAAAAUCGGCGUCAUCAUGCGUCUCUGCAUCUUCGUCGCCAUCGGCCUCCUCUCCGCCGGCGGCGGCGUCAGCUCCAUCGGCACGCCGUCCGCGAUGGACACGAGCCGCACGCUUACUCUCGUCGGAUACAUUGUCUUUGCCGUCAUGCUCGCGGUGCUCAUCUCCAUGAUGGCCUUUUUCUGGCGCAAGAAACACACACUCCUGCCUAGUAGCCAAACUGUCCUACGCGGCGGCCUCCUCGCAUCCCCGUUCCUCAUCAUUCGCACCGUCUUUGGCCUCCUGGAAGUCGCUCUCCAAGACAGCGCCACCUCGCCCUUCAACCCCAUAGAGGGCAAUGUCGUGGCCUUUGGGUUGAUGGCGCUGCUCCCAGAGUACAUUGUCGUGCUCACCUACAUCUACGCCGGCUUCUCGAUCCCGCCUGACCGAGGCGUCCCGUCCGUGGAGGCAGAAAGAGUGACGCAACUCCCCGAUAAAAGCAACGUCUGA